AUGUCUCAAAGUCAGGCCAUGGAUGUCGAUGGCGAUCUGUCCUCCUUCAUAUUCCAUCACAUAUUCUUCCCCCUAAGGCUGCCACAGGAGGCUGAAAGCAAUCUUGUUCACUUGGAAAACCGCAUGAUUGUUGUGAUUAGGGGUGUACUGCAAGACUUUAUCCAGAAUGUCAGCCCCGAGUCCCAGCAGCGAUGGGCCUUAGCCAGGAGCAUGUUGGGUAGCUGGAUUCAGUUGCAUGACGAACAGGGAAUUUCACAGCUUGGUUUGGAGAAUGCUUUGUCAAACCUCAAAACAUCUGGGGCUAUUGCCUGUCACAUCAGAGCCCAGAACUGCGGAUGGGUUGCUUUCUACGAUGGAGAUAAAGAGAGGCUCAUCGUGGAUGCCUUUGAAGUCUCCGCUCAAGGCAAAUCAGUGCUCUCCUCUUCUGGGGGACUAUUACGUCGGUUCCCUGGAGUGAGUGUCAUUAUCUCAGCAGAUAAACUCGCCGAUCCGACGUUCCGCUCUUACCUGGCUGCCACAAUCUCGCAAUUGGCAUUUGAAGAAGUGUCCGACAUGCUGCCGAAAAGCACAAAAGCUGGAACCGAAGUGGACGAAAUCCGGCAAACCAUCCAUCCUGGCCUCGUGACAGAAGGCUUGAUGAUGCAACUACUGGCACUCGGAACACACAAUGAAGAGGUAAAGCUUGUGAAAUGUGUGCGAGAUGAGGUCAACUGGAUGUCUGCUUUGUUACCGUGGAGGCGCUCUCCAGCUUGGCUAGCCCUUCGAGUCGCUCUACAACUGGUUCUUCGGCGAUGCUUCCCGCAAGCAGAGGGUCGCCUUCAUUACAAGAAUUUCAUGUUAUACCUCAUGGCAACACUAGCAGCAAAGGGAGGUCUGUCCGUGCGUUCCCAAGAAGUUGUGGACUGCUGGAAAAUUAGCCACACUCGGAUUGGCCGUCGAAUUUACAAGCUGAAAGAUGAAGUGUUUCUAUUUGUUGCGAACCGGGUACAUUCCACAAGCAAAUAUCUACUCGAGCAAUUGGGGUCUUUUCAAAAAAAUAUUACGACGUCCAACCACGUGAAUAUUCCGCCAAUUCUACCAUCAGCCUCUCAAGAUGAUCUUCACUUGUCACUGCUCCAUUGUAAAGACUAUUUUCAAGUCGCAAUGCGUUCGUCCGCCGAUGAUACGCCGCCUACAAUGUUUCUUCCGACUCAUACACCGUACUUGAACUGGAGCAAUGCCUUUCCUGUUCCGGAAUCGGGGUCGAUCACGGCUCUCAGUGAAUUCGAGCAAUGGGUUGACGAGCACCUGGGGUCUUGGUUUACUUGCCAGCCUGCUUCGAAGGACGUCAAAGCGUGUCGUGACCUUGAAAAUACCAUUGCACAAUACUUGCAUCUCGCGCGGCCAGCAUACGCCUCCAACCCACAAGCCACGUCACUCAUGGUCCUUGUAGUGUUGGAACUGUGGGUAGUGCUUGACAAAAUGGCUCUUCGACUCUGUCCUCUGCUAGGGAAGUUCUCCCCUGGAGUCCCCCAGAACUUCCUCGAACCUCUACUGCUUCCCAAGCUGGAUCAAAUGAAACGUGCGAGAGAGAUCGAGCACCACAUCAACGUGCGGCACGAGGAAGCGGUCAAAACAAAUCCUAGCAUCUUCUGUGACCCAGCACCGAAUUGCUUUGGGUUUCAGUAUUUUGAAAGCUCUGAGGAACAUCAAACACUCGAGCGCAAAAUUGAGGACCAUGCAGCUGAAGCUCGAUCAUCAAAACGCGCGGAAUGGGAGAUGCUAAGUGCCAAAUACAAACAGCUAUGCGAACAAGAGGAUCGACUAUCCCAUGAUUUCGGGUACAAUAGCUGCGGCGCAUAUGUUCACUUGAUCCACAAAUGCAACAAGUGUUUAUUGAGGGGACAAGCUGCGUCCCUUUGCAUUCAAGCCCACGAAUGGCCACUUCCAGAAAAUCCGGCCGAGAAAAAGACUGCUAUUUUUGAACUGAAUAUUCCCAUUUGGUUUACAUCGUGGCGUAAUACUACUUGGAAGCUUCUCCACGAAGUUGGGCGAAGGGGAACAGUGGUUGCUCACGACAAGGAGAUCGGGUGGCUUCAAUACAAAGAAAUUCAAGCGUUCGCCGUGACACGAGACUCGAACCUCGUUUUGGCCUCGAAUACAAAAUCGUGGGGCAAGUCUCACUACAGAAAGCACAAAUUUCCUGUUUCAUGCGAUCAGAUUUGCAUACAGAACGCACUUCGUUUGAAGCUUUUCGACAACGUCGCGAACGGCUGGGUGAGAGAGCAGAUCAAUGACCCGACAGUCAAGGACAUGUGCACUAUCCAACUGCCUCGUGGUGUCUACUCAAAUCUGCAAUAUACCCUCGGUUCUACCUUCCACACCCAGAAUCAGGUCAUGGCGACCCAAAAAGAUUGUGACACAAUCCUCAGUUUGCAUGAGUUUGAGGCAUACGGGUGCCUUCGCUCUGGGGAGAAGCUUCAAUGGUACAAUGUUGUGCGGAACCUAGCGUCGUCAGCAUUGUCGCUAAAUGAGGAAGCUGUUGUGUCCCUUAUUAAGCAGGCUGCUUGGGAACUUGGGACACCGUCCGAAUCUGUCAGGAGAGUUACACAUCAAGCCUUUGAGGACAGAGGCUUUGGUGACUGUCUGCUUAACCUUUUGGAGGAGAGGUUGACGGAAAUCAAGAAGAACUGGAAUGAGCAUUGCACCUUCGACCUAAUCGUCACACUUAGUCUGCGUGUUCUCGCAUUGUCGAGUGGAUCACCAUCGGUUGAGAAGGUAGCUGAGUUCCUACGUGAAUGUCGAGAAGUGGCAAUGGAUUGGUGCGAUGAGCUGAAUGGAAGUUAUCUUUAUGAUGAAGGCAAGGAAGAUGGAGGCCAACAGGGGCACAUACUUCAGAUUGCAUCAACUUGCCAGGCCACUUAUGAUGUGGACCCUAUCCUUUUGAGGAUCGUCAUGGAAACUCCCCGAGAUGUGUUUUGCUUCGCUCGAUGCUCUAUUUUGCUCUUUGAGAACUCACCAUCAGAAUCAUACAGACUUUUACCCAACAUAGAGGCCUGCUUGCAGAAUGCGGAAAGGAUCCGUUUACUUUCAAGAUCACAGAUGCUCUGCAUGAUCAUGAAAUACCCGUCUGGAUUGAAUCACGCAGUUCGGAGGAACAUAAGCUGCCUUGAAGUAUCCGGGCCUUGGAGCAUUUGCCAAGGAAGUGGUAGCUGGGUAACCACAGUGACAAGCAGCAUUAUCCAAGGAUUUGAGCAACGACUCCACUUCAACUAUCUCACAGGAGAGCUUCUGGUGGAUGGAAAUCCCCCGGGGAGGUUGCCCGCCAAAUUUACCAGCAAUUCUCUCUAUCGACGUCUUUUCGGAGAGAGAGUUCUUCCGGUGAUACCGUCGCCAUUGCCCGGAGCGUCCUUUGUCCUGUCACACCCCAUCGAGGGAUCUGAAGUUCACUUUGGGAUGCGUGGUGGAGGGCUUUUGAUCAAGACUCGCAAGGGCUCUCAGAUCUUGCAACUUAUACCACAAGAUGUCCUCGAGAAGGACUUCCCCGGAUGUUCGUCUCUGAGAGCUUCCAUUGGCUGGAUUUGGACACUGGAGUUGUUGAAUUUCCCAUGGAAACCUUGCAACCGCAAUUGGCGUCUGUUCUUCGAUCCUUGUGUACCCAACGAGAUGGUCAUGCAACAAGAUUCUAAGAGCUUGGUUGAUAUACGCAGCCCGCUUUCUACAGAAUUCGUCCGCAUAUUGAAUCUCCUUGAUGAGGAAGAGGAAAUUGUUGUCACCCAGGCACCUGACGGGACGUUAGAGGCAGAGCUAUGCCGCUUACGGUUAAAAUUCUUCGUCAGGGCUGAUGGACGAGUGGCAUCGAAAGAGUUCGGUGCCCUGGUUGAUAUGGACCAAGAUGUUGGCUGUUUCUACGGACUCAAAAACAAACUGGUCCUUAUCGAUCCCUUCAAUAAUAAAUCGGUCAUCGUUCCUUACGGAUACCCGGUUGUUACUCGGAAGGAUCAUCAUGUUGCAGUCAACAUAAAGCUUCCCCCGGGAAAUAGGGUGAAAUACAUGCAUUACUUCUUGGACCAGCAUCUGCAACUUCUCCGAGGAUCUUACCCCCUGGCGAUCUUGUACCAAGCCUACUUGCACGCGCUCACUUCUUUCCCAGGCCCUGAUAAAUUGACUCACCGCUCAGGUACUGAAGAGGCUAUCCGUAUUCUACGACAAGCAUCUUUAAGAUCGUCAUUUCCGCUUCCCAAUGAUUGUAUCGAGACUCUGGAAAGGAUUGCAGCCCUUACGCCACGCCGCGACUUUUAUCCUCGACACCUGAAGGUCAUGCAAACUGUCAAGUGGUCUAGUAACUUAGGUCAACUUGCCCAACAUGACGACUUCCAGCUCUUGUCACAAGAGAUCCUUCAGUCGUCAGAACAAUGUUCACACUUUCAUGAUGCCAAGCCAAGGGAAACCUGCAUCUCUUACCCGGGAAGUACGGGUCUAUUAAGGCGUGCCCGUUGCCGCAAUGAGCAGCUGAGGAGCUCGAACUUCAGCGGAUCGCCUGCUUCGUUGGCCAAGAAUAUUUACAUAUCACGCGAUUGCGAUAUCACAAGUGUCCGCGGCAGGGAUGUUUAUGGCAUCACGGCUCUGAUUAGAGAUUGGCCUACUACCGUUGAUCAUUCAUCAACCCUAGUGGCAACGAUGAGGCAACUCAAAAAUGUUUCUUUGGUUUCAAUCGAUUUUGAGCGUUCCUCUUUCUCGGAAAUUCUAGCGCUGUCCAUUCAGAGCUCCUGGGUGGCUUUGUACAAAGCCUGUCAGUCAAGCUCUCGAGAUAGGGACACCUACUUCUUGAUUUCCUUAUUCUCUACUCUUGCGUUUGGUAGGAGAAUCAACCAGUCGAUCCUCCGUCAAUUGCUCCAAGUUGCCUUUUCAAAGAAAUGCCAAAAUGUUGCAGUGCCACGCGACACGAUGAUAUCGUUGGAUCUUACCCUGGGGGAGAAGCUUAUCCUUGCUCAAGUUGAGAAUGCAAUUGGAAAGUGUUAUAAAAUCUUCACCAGGACCAAAAGUUCACACCUCACUGGCGCACAACAAGCGGAGAACAACCGAAAAGCUGAAGCCGAAUGGGAAGAACAAAAGAAGAGGGAUGUCCAGUUAUGUGGGUCGCAUGUAAGAGAGCAGUGGCCGUGCAAAUCUCCCCAGCUUCCAUCUCAACAUUUGAUUCCACGGGUUCUUAGAACGGCGGCGUACGAGAAAUGCAAAACACUCUGCGACAACUGGAACCAAAAUAGGAAUUUCCUUGAGUUCCUGCGCCAAGUACAAAGCCAAAUGCCACCCGCCAACUCUCAGGAUUACAACGUGGAGCCUGUUCCCACCUCCGAUAUACCCCCCAGGGCGGUUGAAUACAGUUCGUUUCAACCGCCCAGUCUCCUUGACUUAGUCCAGAUGACUUGUCCAGAUCCCCCUGGGACUCAAUUUGGUCCAAUCACCUACCAUAGGGCUUCUUCCAUUCUGGGACCGACUGCUGAGCUUUGGGCUCUUGCAAAAUAUUUCCAAGCUAGCUCGAGCCGAUGCGAACAAGAGUAUGGAAAUGGGCUAAGCCGCAGCGUCCAAGCGUUGCAUGAUUUCUCAACUUCAGUGCCGCCAACUGGAAAUUCUGACUUUUCUGAGUCUUUUGACUGGCAGACACAAACGAAUGCACUUCUUUCACGCCAAAAGGAGAUCCAGGAAGACAGGGACUCACUCUGGAAAAGGAUAAUCCUCGCUUUGAAAAUUAGUGGACAGAAAGGGGCACUAUGCACUGACACUGUCAGCCCUUCUAUCACUUGGAGGGCGUUACUUGUGGCAUUUGGGAAGUCAAUAUCUGCCUUGCGUCGUUGUGAACGAUUGAUUUCUUGCAUUGAAAAGCAUGAUAUCGACGGGUUCUUAAGUAACACGGAAAGCCCAUGGUAUGAAGAGUGGGACCCUUUGAUCUACCCUACUUGGCUACUUUUAGAAAUCGAAAACAACAUUACGAUUCGAAAGCGCCAGGUGGAAGUCGCACUUCGGAUGAUCAAACCGGAUGAUGGCAAAAACUCUGUGCUUCAGCUCAACAUGGGCGAAGGUAAGACUUCUGUCAUUACGCCUAUGGUGGCUGCAGUUCUGGCAGAUAGCCGUGAUCUUCUCAGAAUAAUCGUCUUGAAACCUCUCUUGAGGCAAAGUGAUGCGCUUCUUUCUCAGCGGCUCGGGGGUCUGAUCAAUCGACGCGUUUACCACAUCCCCUUCUCGCGACAGACUGAACUCAGUUCUAGCACAGUUAGCCAGCUGCAGUCCAUAUAUCAGCAAUGUUGGCGCAAUAGGGGGAUUCUGAUCGCUCUUCCUGAACAAAUCCUCUCGUUCAGACUCAUUGGGUUAGAUGCUGCGGAAAGAAACCCGGGUAUUUUUGCACCACUGAUUAGUCUUGAGAAUUGGCUACAAAGAAAAUGCCGGGAUGUUAUUGAUGAAAGCGAUGAAGUUAUGGAUACCAAGUUUCAGCUAGUUUACACCAUGGGCACCCAGCAAUCCCUCGAUGGACUCAGCAGUCGCUGGGAGACGACACAGCAUUUGCUUCGCCUAGUCUCAAUACAAGCGAGACGACUUCACAGUGAUGAUCCAAGAUGCAUAGAGGUUGAUCAGUCAGGUUACCGAUACCCUAUUCUACGAUUUUUGAAGCCCGGUGCUAUCGAACAACUGAUCGGUUACACUCUCGAGUCAAUUUUAGAAAAUGGGAUUCCGGGUUUACCUUUCACCCAAUGGACUUCACGGGUCAAACGCAGCGUGCUCAGAUUCAUCAAACAUUCUGAACUGACCGAAGAGGAUGAAUCUGUCAUCCGGGAAGAGUUCAACGACAGUAUCUUCCUCACCAAGCUUCUCGUUUUACGAGGGCUCUUCGCUCAUCGCAUCCUGAGGUUCUCGCUUGCCGAUAAACGCUGGUUAGUGGAAUAUGGACUUCACCCUUCCCGAUGUUUGAUGGCUGUGCCAUAUCGUGCGAAGGGUGUCCCAUCCGAGAGUGCAGAAUUUGGACACCCUGAUGUAGCAGUAACUUUGACUUGUCUAAGUUACUACUACGAGGGACUGACGAAGGAGCAACUGAGAGACUGCUUCAUCCUCUUGGCUAAACUGAACGACCCCUCCACAGUGUUCCAGAAUUGGGUCUCCCCCUGCAUCGAUGAUCUGCCCGCUGGUUUACAGACAUACUCAGGCGUGAACCUUCAGGACGAUCAGACCUUCGGUCAAACUCUGUUCCCUCUUCUCUGCUAUCAGAAAGAGAUACUGGAUUUCUACCUAUCUCACUUUGUUUUCUCCAGAGAAGCGAAGGAGUUUCCGCGGAAGCUCUCAUCUUCUGCAUGGGACAUCCCUGCACGGUGUGGUCUGCAACUAACGACAGGCUUCAGCGGUACAAACGACAACCGGUUUCUCCUACCUCUGUCGGUUCGCCAACGGGAUCUCGAUGGACUUCUCCACACCAAUGCGAUGGUACUGCGAUUGUUGCUUCGAGGGGACAACAGACAAUGUAUAUUGGCGGAGGACGAGAAAGGCUUGCAUCUGGAUGUUGAUCGGCUCUUGAAGCUCGUAGUCCGUACCAGUGAACGCUCAACCACGGCCCGGCCUGUGCGAGUUUUGAUUGAUGUUGGCGCCCAAAUCCUGGAGGCUGGAAACCAAUCAGUCGCCCAAAAGUGGCUUUCAAUGACCCCCGAGGGAGAUGUUGAGGCGGCAAUAUUCUUCAAUGACAGUGACGAAGUUAUGGUUAUUGACCGGGAAGGGCAUGUCGACACUCUCUUGUCCUCUUCGUUCCGACAACGAAUGGGUGCUUGCUUGGUGUUCCUUGAUCAACAGCACUCGCGUGGCAUAGAUUUGAAGUUACCCCCUACGACGCGAGCUGCAAUCACUCUAGGACCCCGAUUAACAAAGGACAGACUUGUACAAGCUUGCAACCGACUUCGUGGUCUAGAAAAGUGCCAAUCACUUCUAUUUCUAAUCCCACCGGAGGUCAGCCACAGUAUGAGAUUUGUCUUGGGGAUAUCCUCCGAUAGAGACUUCACUUCAGCAGACGUGUUAAAGUGGUCUAUGAUUCAAACAUGCCGCACUCUAGACAAUCUGCGCCCGCUCUGGGCAAACCAGGGACUUCAAUACCAUAAGAAAACACGCCUUUGGGAUUUGCUUGUGGAACAAAGGAUCCCCUCCAAGGAAACAGUCAGUUCUAUGCAGGAGCCUGAAGCUCGGACACUCUCCCAGCUGUACGCACCAUGGAAUGAGGAUAAAGAGAGUACAAGCACCUACGACAUUGCAGAAGGGGACUUGAAUUAUGGGGAAGUUCAGGUGUUGUUGAAAACUUUGCAGUCCACUGCGGGACAGGUCGAGACGUCUGCGUAUCUUCACGAAGAACAGGAACGGGAAAUCGCAUGCGAAGUGGAGCGAGAACAACAGGUUUAUCGACCGCCAUCAUAUACGCCUAACAAACACAAGCUCCAUGACGAUAUCCGGCAUUUCGCCAAAUUCGGCGAGUUCCCCGGCAAUCAAACAUCCAAGGCUGUCACAUUAGCCUUCCACGGUCUUGCUAACACAUCUGCUGGGAAAUUCUAUCAUCCAAAUCCGCUGGGGUCUGGGUUGUAUUCUACUUUGGACUUCAACGAAACUGUGAAGAUUUCCCCAAACGAUCCUAUGGACGAUUUCUGCAAGCAGGUGAAUUGGAUUCUAUCGAGUGUGCACAGCGAUGUUCUUAUUGUCGUGAGUCAAUGGGAAGCGAAUGGGCUCCUCAAUAUCGUUCGCAAAUCAGAGAAUGCCAGACUUAACAUCUACGCCCCGCGAUUAACAAAGCCAAUGCGGUCAUUCCGCCAUCUUGACUUCUUUGGCAUUGGCGCGAACAUUCCAACGCAGCCUAGCGACACGAUGACCCGAUGUCUGGAAAUGUUUUCCGGGAGUCUUUACUUCAGCACAUUUGAAGAUUACAAGAAUUUCCGUUCGUUUUUGGGGCUCGUUACAGACGAGCUCGGUGAAAUUCCAGAGGGUGGCAUGACGAAUGAGGGAUUUGUCAAGUUUUCUACGCGCCUGAAACUUGAAUGGCCUAUCGACUCGCCCUUUGUUGAAAGUCCGCUCCAAUUCCUCUCUGCCCUGAUACAUAUUCGAACUAAAGGGAAUGGAUACCAACAAUCACACGUUGGUACACUCAUCAAAGCCAUGCCGUUGAGUGCCGAGUGGUUUUGA